CGCCUCGACUAUUUAAUCCGUGCCACGUCUGCUCCUGCAACUCGCUUGCCUCUCCACGCCCGCUCUGCUCUGAAACGCCCCUGCCAUCUCGCACUUCACUUUCUCACAGCCCCACGGCCCCUGCUCAACAGCAGCGGGCAUAGCAUGGCGGACGCCCAACCGCCUGCAGCAGCCCAGCCGCCGCUCCCAGAUGCCGGGGCGGCAGCUCCGCCACCGCCGCGCUCUGAUGAGGCCGCAGCUGCAGCGGCAGCACCACCGCCGCCGCUGCCAGACGCGCCAGCGCUGCCAGCAGGAGGCGCAGAAAGCAGUGGAGCGCCGCCGCUGCCUGGGGCUGGACCGGGCGAGGCGGUAGACGCAGGCGCUGGGCCGCCAGCGGCGGAUGCGCCGCCGCCGCUGCCCGAGGAGGAUGAGGAUGAGGACCCGCUGAUUGUGGCGCAGCGGGAGCGCGAGGCAGCAGAGAAGGCCAAGGAGGCGGCAGCGCUGGAGAUCCCACCUUACGAUGAGGAGGCGCUCAAGGAGUUUUACACAGACCUGAAGGAUGCGGAGCGGGAGGGCGAGGUGAACCGCAUCCUGGGCGCCUUCAAGCUCAACCCCUAUGAGCAGCUCAACCUGCACCACGAUGCCACCCCCGAGGAUGUGCGGCGACAGUACCGCAAGGUGUCCCUAAUGGUGCACCCCGACAAGUGCAAGCACCCGCGUGCCAAGGAUGCAUUCGAGGUGAUUGGCGCCGCACAGAAGGAGCUGCUGGAUGAGGAGAAGCGAGCCAAGCUGGAGUUCCUGCUCAACCACGCCAAGGAGGAGGUGAAGAAGGAGUGGAAGAAGGCGGCCAAGGGCGAUGCGGCGGUGCGGCUGGCAACCCUGAUGAACGAGGAGGGGAAGGAGGGUGUGGCGGCUGCCUUCGAGCAGACGGACGAGUUCCACGAGGCCUGGAGGGUCAAGGCGCGAGACGUGCUGGCGCGCGCAGAGUGGCGGCGCCGCAAGCUCACCAAGCGGAUUGGCGAGGAGGAGGAGCGGGCCAAGGCUGAGUACAAGGAGGAGAAGGAGGUGGCCAAGCGCAAGGUGCAGCACGAGAAGCAGUGGGAGAAGACGCGGGACGAGCGGGUGGGCAGCUGGCGCGACUUUGUGGGCAAGAAGACCAAGAAGCAGAAGACAGUCAUGGGCGGCCUCAAGCCACCCAAAAUGAAGGAAAGCGACCAGGAGCGGCGCUACAUCCAGAGACCGACGGGCGAGCAGUUCCGGCCGCCGCCCAUGAAGCACGCAGGCCCCAAGAGGGAAGAGCACGAUUGA